CCUUCCAUCGAGGGACAUAUAUACCAUUAUAUUUUUAUAAAAUAUAUCUCUCUUUCCCUUAGGUUGUGUCUUGUUGUGUUCCUCGUGUCCUUGUCCCAGAGACCGGGGCUGAGGGGUCCCUGAGUGCUAAGGGAGGCCCAUUUCACCACUGCUGGGAGCAGUGAGGUGCCUGCGGAGCUGUCCCUGGGCGCUGUCCCUGCCGUGUGCUCGGCAGCUGAGGCUGCUGUGCCCGUGCCGGGCGCGAUGUCGGCGCGGCGGGCGCUGAAGGCCGUGCUGGUGGAUCUCAAUGGCACCCUCCACAUCGAGGAUUCGGCCGUGCCAGGCGCCCAGGAGGCUCUCAGAAGGCUGCGCAGUGCCCCGGUGACCGUGCGGUUUGUGACCAACACCACCAAGGAGAGCAAGAGGGACCUGCUGGAGCGGCUGACGGGGCUGGGCUUCGACAUCGCCGAGCACGAGAUCUUCACCUCCCUGACAGCAGCCAGGAACCUCCUGGAGCAGCAGCAGGUGCGGCCCCUGCUCCUGGUGGAUGAUAAGGCGCUGCCUGAUUUCACAGGGAUUGGCACGGAUAACCCCAAUGCAGUGGUGGUGGGACUGGCUCCUGAGCACUUCCACUAUGAGAUGAUGAACAGAGCAUUUCGGUUGAUUUUGGAGGGGGCUCCUCUCAUAGCAAUCCAUAAAGCCAGGUAUUUCAAGAAGAAGGAUGGGCUGUGUCUGGGACCUGGACCUUUUGUGACAGGGCUGGAGUACGCAACGGACACCAAAGCCACCGUGGUGGGGAAGCCAGAGAAGACCUUCUUCCUGGAGGCUCUGCGGGGCACUGGCUGUGCCCCCGAGGAGGCUGUCAUGAUUGGAGAUGACUGCAGGGAUGAUGUUGGUGGUGCCCAGCAGGCAGGAAUGCGUGGGAUUUUGGUGAGGACGGGUAAAUACCGUCCAGCAGAUGAAGACAAAAUCAACCCAGCUCCCUACUUAACCUGUGAGAAUUUCCCAGAGGCAGUGGAACAUAUCCUGAAGCAGAUGCUGUGAGAAAGAGAACAGCUAACUUGAAGAAACAUCUGUUUCACACCAUUUCCUUCAUUCUUGCUUCAAAAAAUAAGGUCCCAAGAUCAGUGCAGGCAUGGCUUCCAUCACAAACCACCCUGGGCUGUGAGGGGCAGGGGAUCCAUGUGGGCCCAGCACAGUCAAACACACAGGGAGUGUUGGCAGUGUUUUCUUAUUUUCACUUUUCAAAGAAUACUUGAUGAAAAGCCCCGUCUGGAAAGCGUUACCUUCUGCAGAAUAAGUUAAACUGAAAACAUGCACUGAAAACACUCAAGUAAGUAAAACUCUAACACCAGCAGAGCCUCAGUGGGCCUGUAGUGAUUGCACUGACAUCUGUGUGGUGCUCUGACCUACAGGUAGAGAUUAUGCACAUUUAGAAGUGACUCCUAAAUGAAAAUAUCACCAUUGCUUAAUUAUAACUACUGUGGCUGUCUUUCAUUAGAGCAGAUUCUGUUAUUUGCUUUUCAAAUUCUACAUAAAAUUAAAAACUGUCAGCACUUUACAGAUGUUUUAAUUAGAUGCUGUUAUUAAAAAGAAUGAUACAGAAACAAAACUCUGGUAUUAAAUGCCUUAGAGACUGUGACUUUUUAAAAUUAGGCUUCAGCAGGGUCCUAUUAAUGCUACAGUUGCAAAAUUUCACUGUUGUUGGGGAUUUUUUUUGUUUCUUUUUAAUGUUAUGGAAAAAAUCCUUCACAAGCCAUGGGGACAGAUUCCAGUUUUUACAGUUGGUUAGCAGAGCUGUAAAAUGAAAUUUAAUUCUGUAGCAUGCAAUGCUUUUCCUAUGCACUACAUCCCCCAAUAUGAACCAACUUUGUAAUGAUGGUAAAUGGCUUUUCUGGUCCAUUUGCAAACUGUAAUAAUCAAAGUCCUUUACAGUUGUUUUACAGUGCUCUUGUGUGUUAAAUUAUUAGAUUGUAAUUAUGCAUUACUGGAGUAUUAACCUUAUUGAAAAUACAGUUUUGUGUUAAUGA